AUGUUUCUUACGCUGGUGCUUGUCUUCGGACAGCUCUGGUCCGUGUCGUGCCUGACAUGCACGACGCCUGGAUAUGGGCUGGACGCUAGCGCCGUCCCUCCUGCGUGCGUUAUUUGUGAUUAUGGCACCUUCUGGGACAACGGAGUUUGCACCGUUUGUCCGGCAGGAAGGUAUGCUGACAGUCAAGGUCAAGUGGAUUGCACAGACUGUCCGGAGGGGACUUAUUUGGCUGAUGAUGGCCAGCUGUGGCAGCUUCAUGCACAUGCUCACUUCUGUACUCAAUGUCCUCCUGGCCGAGCCUCGAACCAAGUCGCAGCAGCGAGUUGCGCGGAAUGCCAGCCAGGAGAGCAUACUUCCUCGCCAGGAAGUUUGUUCUGCGACUUUUGUGUAUCUGGCGUGGCAACACACCCAGGAACAAUCGUAUGUGGCGCGUGCAACCCCGGGUUUCAGCCAUCAAGUGACAGGACGCUGUGUGAGAAGUGCCAAGCCGGAUACUAUAGCGACGAGGGUUUCUUCUGCUACCAGUGCAUGACUGGAACAGUGGCUCCUGAAGGCUCCUCCGAGUGCACGCAGUGUGCAAACGGGCGGUACGAAGCGAAUCUUUCGGAAUGUAUCGAUUGCCCAGCUGGUAAAGCUAGUUACUAUGGAUAUCCUUGCUAUGAUUGCUGGUAUGGGGAGUUUUCAAGAGGCGGAGAACUGUGCCAAGCUUGCCCUGCAGGGAGAUUUUCUGGAACGCAGGCCAGCAGCAGAUGCGACCAAUGUGCAGCAGGAACAUUUUCGAGUGAAUAUUCUGAAAGUUGUAGUCAGUGCUGGUACGAUCAGGUAUCUUCUGCAGGCAGCGCAAACUGCGAGUACUGCCCUGGAGGCUAUGUCCCAAAGACGGAUCGCACAGCCUGCCAGCCCUGUCCUGCAGGGAAAUAUGCCAUGGCAGGCGAGAUGUUUUGUCACGACUGCUGGUGGGGACUGUAUGCCCCAAAUGCUAGCACAACAUGCAUCGAAUGUACUGGUGGAACGAAGCCGACCUCCGAUCGCACAGCUUGCGAAGCGUGCCCGGUUGGAACAUAUGCCGACCCAGGCCAAGAAUAUUGCAAUCCCUGCGGGCGAGGCCAAAGCCGGGCAGAAAGUCAGGAGAAGUGUGAACCGUGCGAGCCGGGCAAGUACAACCCCAACUCUACUGCUGAAACUUGCACGGAGUGUCCUCCUGGCCGAUACACUGCCAAUCCAGGCCGAGGGUCCUGCCAAGCCUGCCCGGCUGGGCGGUACUUCAGUGGUACUGGUGCAAACGAAUCGUCAGCAUGCACCCCGUGCCCAGGCGGACAAACUCAAUCUACCGGCGCUGUUACUGCUGAUUCCUGUAUUCAGCCUGGCACGAAUCAGUCGGUGGAAUGCAUAGCGGGCAAGACAUGCUCGUUUGUCUUCGCUGAGGGGCCAGGGCUCCUGGACACCAGCGUGCACGCGGUGAAUGUUAAGGUCGAUACGUGCGAGCCAGAUCCGACCGAGCUGGAGGAUAUUCUUAAUGAUCUCAGCAUGUUUUUUGAUCAGAUGGGAGGAGGAUACAGUUAUGGGUCGAAUGGCGGCUAUGGCGGGUUUGGGGGCUAUGGGGGUGCACCUGGUGGGUUUAGUGGCUACGGGAGUGGUGGGUUUGGCGGUGGAUUUUCUGGCUACGGUGGGAGUGGCGGGUUUGGCCCCCCUGGCGGCUACGGCAGCGGCUACGGCGGGUUUCGGAGGCUGCAGUCAGGAAGCGUCGUGAAUGGCUUCGGGUCUUCCAGGGUUUGGAUCGCCUCGAACUUUUCGGUUGCUUGGCCAGACAAGAUCACAGCAGAGCCUGGUAAUUACAAGCUGUGCUGGUGUGGUGGUGUUGGUUUUCAGGGAUUCAACAUCCCUCAGUAUCUCCGAUGUAUUCGAGACGUGAUGUACGACUUUGAGGUGGGGACCAUGGCUGUGGCUGGGCCCUUCCAAGGUCAGUUCUUCUCCUGCGUUCGAGGCAGAGUCUGCAACGCGGGCCGAUUGCGAGGUGUGGGUUUGACACAAGAUGACACACUAAACCUGCGAGCUGACUGCACUGUGGAUGGGGCCAGGAGAUUCACAGGGGUGCCAUUCCAAAUCUCCGCCGUGCCGUCUGAUGUGCCCGGAGAAGUAGACCUAGACUUCGGGCUUAAUUACACCGUCUACGACGCACCAGGCGCAUACACGCUGUGUUGGUGUUCUUCCAAAGGCACGCCUUGCAGCACUAUGGACUUGCGGGUGGACAGCGACAGCGAUGUCUACUUGGAGACGCAGGCUGCGACCCUGAGCUUGGACGGCCCAAAUCCUGGCGCAGAGGUGGAAUGCUUUCUGGGGCAGACGUGCUGGAUACUUCUGGACCUUCAAGGCCAAAACCUCCAAGAUGGAGAUCGCCUCACAGCUCUGCCGAAAUGUGGCGAUGAUGAUAGCUUCAUUACAGGCUUUCCUUCUCCAGGCUAUGCAGAUGCCUCUGAAAAUGGCUUGGUGUUUAUCUUCCACGGAGGUAGCUUAAGCACCGAGCCAGGAAUUUACCAAAUGUGCUGGUGUCGUCCCGAAGCAGCAUCUGGAUUAGCUUGUAACAAGGCAAGUGACUUCACAACAACCAUAGGGCUCUUUUUGGCCACCGGACCUUACUCCGGUCAGACGGCCGAGUGCAUGCUGGGGUCGGAAUGCAUCGUUCCCGGCUUUCGGGGAGUCAGCUUGUCGGCGAAGGAUCCGGUCGUGCCCAUGACCGCUUGUGACAAGCUGACUGCGGCGGCCAACUUCCCUCCUCCGGUCAGCCCCAUCUACGUCUCGCAAAAAGACGGGGCCCCUGUUCUGAAUCUCGGAGAGCUUCACAUAGGAAACGAUGCGGUGCCAGAGAUCGUGGAGCUUUGUUGGUGCUCCAUGCGGUCGCAGACUGGUGAUCCUUCCAUUGAGCCUUGCACUCAGAAUUGGCAUUUCGGGGCCGCUGGAAUCACACUCUACCUGGUGUGUCCACCGGGCUAUUAUGAAUUGGUGGGUGCUUCAAAAACCUGCCAGCUGUGCCCUCCAGGGUACUACUGCCCAGGCGGUUGGGGCAAGUCGAAGGUUUCCUGCCCUGCAGGAAGCACUUCCGCUGCCAAAGCGGAAUCGGUGGACGACUGCCAGUGCAGGCGGGGCUAUUUCUUGGCUGAGGCCGUUGGUGCCUGCAUGGCCUGCCCUGCAGGGACAUUCAAGAAUUCGGUCGACAGGCUCCGUGAGUGCACGGGUAGCUGCCCACCUCAAACGACAUCCGCAACUGGUGCAAUAAGUAGGUUGGAGUGCUUCUGCGAGAAUGACGCUGUUGACAUUGACAGCCGGCAGACAGAAUUUCAGUGCACAAGCCUAGGCAUUCUAUCUGAGGUCUCCAUGAACGGAUCAGCUCUCUUUGCAUCGAGUCAGGUACCAGUAUAUUCCUUGAAUGGGUCCCUGACUGUAGCGGAUGCUUCAACCCAGGCCUUGCUAGAUGAGAUCAGUGAAAAGAUCACGGAGCGCCUUGAGCUCGGCUCGGGCUCCCGUGCUUCCUUUACUCUGGAAGUGGCUUCUGUGCUCGACUGGCGUCUGGACUUUGAGAUUCUCAGCUCGGACCUUGAGCUCGCAGCAGAAAUGCAGGGGAAGCUUGAGGCUUCACCCUUCGCGGCCUGGAUCUACACGGAGAUGAGCACCACGGCACUUGCAUCCGCCAACAUUACACAGCUUGGAGACAUCUGGCCUUCAAUCUUGCAGUGCCCAGAUGGUUUAGGCUUUGAGCCUGGGACGCAUGCAACCAGCCUGGAUGAUUGCAAGUGCCCACAUGGGCUGCAGCCAUCUGAUGGGAGCACUGGGAUCCUCGCAGGUUGCACCAGCUGCCCGCAGGGUUACUUCAAAACCUCAGUGGGAGAUACGAGCUGCGAGGCUUGUCCGCCUGGCGAUGUCCCGCUCACCACAUUGCAGCAGGGCGCCGUCACCCUAGCUGCUUGCACGUGCUCAGCUGGGUAUCAUGUCGACCCUAAGCCUCCCGGCAGAUGCAUUGAAUGUGGGGAUGGCCAUUUUUGCUUCGGGGGAAGUCAUCGGCAGGCAUGCAGUGAGUCGCGGACAACAGACACCAAAACGGCAGGUGCUGAGGAUGAGUGCCUGUGUUCAGAUGGAACGUACCUCAAUGAAACAACGGAGCAGUGUGACCUGUGCAAGGCGGGCCGAUUCAAGGGAGAUAUCGGCAAUGCGCCUUGUGCGGACUGUGAUGCUGGGAAGUAUUCGGAAGAAGGCAGCAGCCAAUGUGACGACUGCAGUCCUGGACGAUUUUCAUCGCAAGGGGCUGCAGCGUGCGAGGGCUGCCCAGCUGGUCGUUAUUCUCAGAAUUACGGUGCAACUUCUCUGGAGUCCUGUUUGUUCUGUGGUAUUGGCACCUGGAGCAAUGCCACCGGUGCUGAUGCCGAUGCCACCUGCCGCAUAUGUCCGGAGGGAACAACCACGGAACAGAGUGGAUCAACUAACCUCACAGCAUGCGUGCGCCCAUAUCCUGGCCAAGACCGCGACUGCGUUUCAGGCCGAGUGUGUUCUGUGGAUGAUCUCGAUGGCUAUGGCAUCAGGGCGGGUCAUCGCAUAGGUAUUGCGUCUACAGAUUGCAAAACCGCGAAGGUGUCAGUAGAAGGUAUAGAGAACGAUGGGAUUUCCAAGGUCUCGGACACAGGUAGAGGCUACGGGUGGGGCGACGAGCCGUUGGAUUUCACGCCAACAGGUGGCUUCUACAAUAUGUGCUGGUGUGCCAACAUGCAAGGCCUGGUGUGCACGGAUUUGAAUGCCAACUUUCUUACGCAAGCCGGACGACUUCUUGUUGCUGGCCCAUCAGAAAAUUUAUUUCAGUGUGUGCGAGGUCGCGACUGCGUUGGCUUGUCUCCCUUCUCCGGCUUUGAGCUGGCUUUGACAGACCUCGUGUCCGUAAGGCGAGAUGCAUGUGGCACCACUGCAGUUACAGAAAUCUCGAACUCCAACUCUGAAGGGCUCGGCAGUCUGAGCAACCUGCAGCGAGACCGUGCGGUCACCACACUGGACCUGGGCUUUGGGAUCUCUGAUAGUCAAAGCAGCUACUAUCUCUCGAUUGAUGCAAACCUGGCCGGUUAUUUGCUCUGCUGGUGUGCGAGCGAACGAGGGGCAGCAGAUGCAUGCACUUCUCCGGAAGAUUUCAAUGUGUAUGCUGGCCGUUUGAGUGUGGUCGGCCCGAGAACCAAUCAGGAGAGCGGUUGCUCUGUCGGGCAGCCAUGCUCAGUGUCUGGGAUCGAGGGUGCCCUUCUAGAAGCCGGAGAUCGUCUGAUGGUUCUCUCAGACUGCGGCCGAGGCAUUGCUCUGCCCGGAUUUCCUGGCGGCGGCAUUAUGGAGACAAACAACUCGCGGGAUUUUGCCUUCAUUGGAAACGGCAGUGAUGUUCUACUCUCGACGCCCGGAAUUUUCCGUCUUUGCUUUUGCAGGCCUUGGCCCGAUGCGGGUGAACCAUGUGAGGCACCAAGCAGCUUCCAGGCGAAAGUGGGCCUCAUGACAGCAAGCGGGCCUUUCGAGCAGGUUGCCGUCUGCAACACGGGCAGCAACUGCACGCUGCUGCUCUCCGGCAUUGGCUUGCUUGCUGGGGACCAGGUCUUGAUCGCUUACGGCGAUUGCGGGCAGACUCCAGGGAUGGGCGUGCGAGGUUUCCCAAAGCUGGAGAGCUCGGUGGUGGUCAUCGAUGGGAGCUCUGGGCUGGAAGCCGGCCUCGGUGAGCUGCCUCAAGGGGCCAUGGCGGGGGCCUACAGCAUCUGUUGGUGUCCUGCAACGGGUGCCUGUGGAGACUCCUCGGUUUUCCGAGCCGAAGGUGGUAUUCUACGAGUUGACUGUCCGCCAGGUAGCUAUGCCAUUGGACCAGUUGGAGGUCGAAUAUGUGAGCAAUGCACUCGGGGCUACUACUGCGGUGGAGGGCGGCCAGAACUGGCGACAAGGGUGCCUUGUGCCUCCGGGGAAACGACACUUGAAUUGGGAUCCGUUUCCCUGGCAGCUUGCGUCUGUGAUCGAGGAUAUGGACUCGAGCCAACGGGCUGCGCUCCUUGCAGCGAGGGCUCGUACAAGAGUGUGGCCGGGAACGAGGAUCCUUGCGUUCCGUGCCCUGCAGGUUUUACAACCUUUGGUACCGGCUCCAGGUCCGAAUCCUUCUGUGCCAUCCCCACGACAGACACGGCAGAUCCGAACCCGGGCGAGUCACCAGUCACUUCGAACCAGAGCAACGAGAGCAAUGUGAGCAAUGCUUCGGAAGCUCCUAAUGUGACAGUAACACCAGGCCCUUCACCACCGGUUGAACUGGUUCUCAAAAACGAAUCAGCUGUGCCUGCGGUUUCAUUCACAAUGUCAAUGUCACGACUAUCAUCCGACGGAGACGAGCAGACGCUGAAGAAUCAGCUAAAAGCAACGUUCAUUUCAACCUUGUCAGCUUCAACUCGGGUCGACCCCACUGCUAUCGUGAUUGAGAUCAUAGACGAAGUAUCGAGCAACUCGAGCAAUUCAAGCGCUCGCCGGCUUCAAGCAACUUCUACGGUGCUCAUCACCAUCAAGCAGCGCACAGCAGAAGAAGCCAGCUUGACUCUCCAAGACAUGGAUGUCGACUUGAUCUCCAAAGAGCUGGAGGAUGCCGUGGACCAGCAUCCGACGCUCGGUGCAGCUGGUAUCGGUCUGGCGAUCGAGAGCGUCCCCGAGAUCACACAAACUACAGUUAAGUGCCCGGCACGGAGGUCUGUACCGCCAGGAGUGCCUGUGCUGAGCGAAGACGAUUGUGAAUGCAGCCCUGGCUACGGCUACAGUGCUGCCACGAUGUCUUGUACAUUGUGUGAACAAGGUGGAUACAAGGCUGCUGUGGGGGAUGUGUCCUGCACGCGGUGUCCGGAGCUCAUGUCUACCUUGACAACGGGGGCAACAUCACCGGACGACUGCCAGUGCCAGGUGGGCCUCUAUGCAGAUGAGACCGGAGCAUGUGUCGACUGCUUCUUGGGGUCCUAUUGCCCUGGCACCGGGGAGGCCAUUCCAUGUCCGAGGAAUUCUACAACGACGUCAGUGGGCAGAUCCAUCGCAGAUUGUAUCUGUGAGGCUGGCUACUAUUCCGUUCAAGAUGAAUCAUUAUGCCAACCCUGCCAGCGCGGGAAGUACAAGCCGAACAUUGGCAAUGGGGAGUGCCCCCUGACAUGCCCCACCAGUGCUGACAGCGAGCCAGGCAGUUCAGGUCUGGACGACUGCUUUUGCCAGCCCGGCUUUCAUGCCAAGACCGAUGCAACGACGGGCAAUCUGGCCAGAUGUGCAACUUGCGACUACGCGGGCCUGAUCUGUCGCGGUGGCUUUGAGGGUGGCAACCUCACAAAUUCAAGCAGCCAGUCACGUCGUGUCCAUGCACAGCCAGUGGCAGAGAAAGGUUUCUACCAAACUGGCGCAACAUCAGCAGUCGCUUGCGAUGUUUUGGUGGUGGAGGAGGUCUCUGCAUGUGGAGGUGGCGAGGCCUGUGCCGCGGAGCGGAUCGGCCUUCCAGUUUCAGAAACCUGCCACGGAGCAGCGGGUACGCUAAACAACUGCUCUGCAGGAUCUACUGGCAUGUUGUGUGGCGAGUGCCCGGAUGGCUGGGCCAGAGACGACUAUCCUGAGCUAUGCUCCCGAUGCCCUGAUGAUCCCGUCAGCGCCGUGACGAUGGGAGUUCUCAACGACGUCUUCACCAAGACGGUCCUGAACUUCCUGGUAGCGGUGAUGGCGGCAACGGCGGCUGUCAAGGGAGGAACCAAGCUGCACACCAGCAUGAUCCGUGUUGGGACCCAGUGGCUGGCAGCAUGCUCGGUGCUGACGCAGUUCGACCUUGGAUCAGUUGGUGGCUUUGGUUGGUCGGAGAAGCAGAAGGAACUGGAGCAGCUCCAAGCGUGUGCAGAAGCGAACAUCACGGUUGCAGACUGUGAACUCGGCUCUGGGGGCCUUGAGUUUCCUUGGCCGGAAGAAGUGACGCAAGCAAUGGACGGUGUUUUUGAGCUCAUGAAGAUUAUGCCCAAGGUGGCAACUGUGGCGAUGUCAGCGGAAUGCCACGCCGAACAGAUGCUUCCUGGAAACAAGAUUGCGAAGAAUCUUGCACCAGCUAUCUAUCACAUCAGCAGCCCUUUGCUGGCGAUGCUUGGGGUCUUCUUGAUCUGCGCCGGGAUGGUCUACAUUGUGCUGCCCAUCUUGCGGAAGUUUGGGCUUGAAAUGAAUGAUUCCGGUCGGAAAACCCGAAAGCGAGAAGCGGCCCUCAAGGCUUUAAGGAAGGCGCUUGACAAACCCUUGGCGGAGAGGGGCCUGACCUGGCGUGAUGUGCAGGAGUCAGGCGUGCUUGACGCGGAGACAACCGGCGGGCUGCACGAUGAUGUCGAAGACCCUGUUGCGUUUAUCGAAGGCAAGUUGGCCUCCUACCCAAUCUUGGCUUUGAAGAUGUGUCUGCAUGCAGCACGCCAAGAUCCAUUUUUUGACACGCUCUGCGAAGAGGCCAAUUUGGAAUGGCACGACUUUACCGAAAAUCCAGACCUCCUCAUAAAGGGAGUCAGGGCGGAAAGCUUGCAGCAUGCAGUUGCUGAGAGGAUGCCACCCAGUAUGCUGGAGACUUGUGUUUUUCGCACUCGGGCAUGGAAGCUUCGCCACAAGUUCCAGGACGAGGCCACAGAGCAAGAGGUUCCCCUCGAGGAUGUCGUGAUCGAAGUUGCCGUCAGAUGUGGCAGUCUUUCCGAGAUGAAGAAGAUGGAAGCCGAUUGGAGGCGUUUCUCCUCUUUGGUACGCGCUGUCUGCAGGGAUCUGAGGCAGGGACGGCGCGAUCAGGAUGACGAUGAGUUACAUCAGAGCACCUCCCGCUUGACAACGGCUCUUAUGAAGUCCAACUCCAAGAUUAUGAAGAUGCUCCAUCUUGGGGAUGAAGACGAGGGCUUUAACGGGAUCGAUCCCGAAUCCUUGGACUUCGGCCUGUUCACCUCGUUUCCGAGACCCGGGAGUCUUUUCUUUCAGUGCGUCCCAGUUUUCUGGGUGACGCUUAUUGGCAUGUGGCCCGAGCUGCUCUCCAGCUUCUUGCAGAUGAUCAGAUGCCGAGCAAUUUCCGUCGAUGAUCCAUCGACAGGCCUUCAACUGAUGCAGCAGCGAUUGCGCUCUCAUCCCGAAGUGGUCUGUUGGGGUGAGGACCAUUUCCUGCUAGCAUUGAUUGCUUGCAUUGGCCUUGGCGUGUGGUGCCUGGGCGUGCCUGUCCUGCUUUUCAUCCGCCUAUACUGCCUGGAUGACCGGCAGAGCCCGGAGAAUUACCGAAAAUAUGGAUACUUCAUUCAGGGCUUUGAGCCAGCUUUCUGGUGGUGGGAUAUCAUUGUCAAGCGGGUGGACAUCGGCCUCAUGAACAUCGUCACUUACACAAACCUUGCAAACGAUGAGAAAGCAAAGCUGCUGCUCUUCCCUUUCCUGUCCGGCGUGCAGUUGACGCUCUGCGCGUGGUGCAGACCAUUCACGAAUAGCCAGGCUGAAAUCCUGGAUUUUCUGGAAAUGUGCCUGUUGAGUUUCCGCUUCGUGCUCUUCAGUAUGGUUGCCGUGAUGCUGAUCUUCAACCCCUCCGCAGAGAUGACCUGGGUUUUAGCGGGUUUUCUCGUCUUGCUCCUUGCCAUGGUCUGCGGCUACUUUGCGCUGCACGUCGCCGCGCAGUUCCUCCGCACGGCAGGAGUUGACGAAGACAGUGACGAGGAGGAGGAAGAGCAGGUUGUAAUGUCUCCCACAACGCCAACGUCAUCUAAAUCCAAACGGAAACGAAAGCAGAGCUGCUUGAUGCGUGUGGUAGGCUCUGUGAAGUCAACGGUCUUGCGAACCUUGGCAUUCUUCCUGCAAGAGUCGGACGAUGAGAAAUUUGUUGUGCAGUGGUCGGUUUUCAAACCCAAUGUGGAGCUCGUCACCGUUGGUGAGGCGCAGGCCGUGACUCGAACCGGACUUCGUGCCCGAUUUGUGUCGUUUGCCAAGGGCAUCCGAGCUUCUGUACUGCGGUUUGGUUCCGGCGUCCAGAGACAAGUUAUGGUCAAGGCCUUCUCGGAGUUUUCCAUCCUCUGGUUGGAUGAAUUCGGCCAGAGUUAUCUACCUGCGGAUGCAGUCCAGAUCUUGUGCGCUCUUUCAACUACCGCCAAGCGUGUGCCACCAAAAACUCCGAAGGAUCGUGUAUUCAACAAGUGGAAGCAAGAGGUGGAGGCCCUACUGAAUUACACCAACGACCCGGAUCACGUUUGGCAUAUAGGUCCAGACUACAUUCUGGAAGUAACGCAGCGUUUGGGCAAGCUGGGUGAAGAAGAAGGCGUCCGCCUGGUAGAAGGAAUUCAAGGUGUUCUCCAUGCGAAGAAGGACAAGCACGUUCUGGAGGAGGUGCGUGAGGCCAGAGCGACAGCAAGAAUUCGAGAAGUUCCAGACCUUAUGGAUGAGGCUAUCUUGGACACGCAGCUGAGUGCGCUGACGAACGAUGUUUGGACCUCGUACGUGCACUUCACCUGA